AUGGGCCGAGAGAUCACGGUAUCGAACAAGAUCGAUCUGUGCACGCCCCUCAGGAAUGAAAAGAAGCAAGCCAGACCCGACAAUUCAUCAGACGAACCAUGUGAUCCCUACAUAUACUGUUGGGGCUCGUGGACCGGAAUCAUCGACAAGCUGGACUACAUCCAGGACUUCGGAUUCACAGCGGUCCAGACCUCACCAGUGGUGGAGAAAAUACCAGAUGACACGGUCCACGGAGAAGCAUACCACGGAUACUGGCCGCAGAAUAUGUAUGCCUUGAACGAGCACUUCGGGACCGCAGACGAACUUCGAAGGCUGUUUAAGGAGCUGCACAAGCGAGGAAUGUACCUCAUGGUCGACGUUGUGAUCAACGACAUGGCACAAGCUGUCAAUAAUUCAACGACAGAUGAUGGCGAGCCCAGCAUCAACUGGUCACGGCUGAUCCCCUUCAACGACGAGAAGUAUUAUCAUCCAUUUUUCAAAAUCCAAACGCUAACAAAACGCAGUUUAAUAAGGCCAAGAGCCGCACAUGAAAGGCCAAUACGCGCCGUACAACCGAGAAACGCUCUGGAAAACAUCGUACCGCACCCACGACCCUCUCUACAAUACCACAGCAACGCUCAACAAGCUCCGCAACCACGCAAUCCGCCUCGACAAGCACUACGUCUUAACCACACCUAA